UUUUUAUUUCAAACAUGGACAGACAUGUUGCUUAUAGACACAAAGUCUUAACACCUACAUAUGGGGGUUUGUUCCUGUUUCAACCAUUUUAUUUAGAAUAUCUAAUUUAUAUGAUUUUAAAUGGUAUACAGCAAAUAGCCUUUCAUUUCUAGUGAUCCAGUUUGACACUUCUGCUUUUAACCAGCUUCGGGACAAUAAAAAUUUAAGCAGCCACUCACCAACAUCAGUUUUAUGAGGGUAUUUUUUUAUAUAUAUAUCUUUUUUUCUAGCUGCAUUGAUAGUUUUUGAGCGUAAACGUUCAAAACUUACAGACUUUUUUUGCCACUAUUUCUUCAAAUCAGUAAAGAAACAGACAUUUUUCCUUAGAGCGGCGGAGCCUUGGCCGACAUCUGCGGCCGUCUCUCGGUUUCUGAGCGCUUCCAGGCGCACGGGGAGUCGCUGCUCCUGCGGGCUCCCUGCGCGCUCUGGCGCCAUCCUUCCUCCAGCCGCAAGAGCAGCGCAGCUCUCCUGCCCCCGCACCUCUCCCAGCUGCGCGCUCUUUGGCUGCUCUGGGUGUCCGUCAAAGCGCAGAGAAGAGUAAUAAAAACGUUUAAGAGGGGGGAAAAUCUGAGCAAUAUUUCUAUUGGAAGGGCGGGCUGGACACGCGGAGAACAGUCGGCUCGACUUUGCCAAGGAGCCACCUCAAAGCGUAUCGGGUUACAGUGAGUGACAGCGUAACCAUGGCAAAUAAUUUGACUGAGACUAUUGUCUUAUCCUCGCCAUCCCCGGGUCAGAUAACCGACCAAUCAGAGUUCAUAUAAUGGCUUGUCUUGCCAGUUUAGAAUAAUAUUAUUAAAACGAGCCAGCGAGGCUGCUCUCCGGGAGUAGUUUAUGUAGAAACGGCGCAGAAAAGGUGGAGACGGUAGGAGGAAGGAGCUGCACAUUUGUCUGUUUCUCAACAACUUCGUGAGGAAUCGUCGCCCGGGGUUCUGCAUGGCUCGCUGGGCACUGAGCUGGAUAUCCUCUAACCUUUGAUCAGCUCCGAGUCGUAGGCUGCCGUCCUGGGACCUUUUUUUGUUUUUUUUUGGACACUUGUGGACAUAACGCGUGUCGCUUUAAUGAGCACUUGAGAGAAGAGACGUGGAAGUGAGGCACACUCUGAUCUGCACCGGUUUGCGCUGUCGCCAUGUCCAUGCUCCCGACGUUUGGUUUCACGCAGGAGCAAGUUGCGUGCGUCUGCGAAGUCCUCCAGCAAGGGGGGAACAUCGAGCGGCUGGGGCGCUUCCUCUGGUCCCUGCCGGCCUGCGAGCACCUCCACAAGAACGAGAGCGUCCUCAAGGCGAAAGCCGUAGUCGCCUUCCACCGGGGCAACUUCCGAGAGCUCUACAAGAUCCUGGAGAGCCACCAGUUUUCGCCGCACAAUCACCCGAAGCUGCAGCAGCUGUGGCUCAAGGCGCACUACAUCGAGGCGGAGAAGCUGCGGGGCCGCCCGCUGGGGGCCGUGGGGAAGUACCGAGUCCGGAGAAAGUUUCCCCUGCCCCGCUCCAUCUGGGACGGAGAGGAGACGAGCUACUGCUUCAAGGAGAAGAGCCGGAGCGUCCUGCGGGAGUGGUACACCCACAACCCGUACCCGUCCCCGCGGGAGAAGAGGGAGCUGGCCGAGGCCACGGGACUCACCACCACACAGGUCAGCAACUGGUUCAAGAACCGGCGGCAGAGAGACCGAGCGGCGGAGGCGAAGGAGAGGGAAAACAGCGAGAACUCCAACAGCAAUAGUCACAAUCCACUAACUUCUUCCAUGAACGGAAAUAAAACUCUUUUGGGGAGCUCGGACGACGACAAAACACCAUCGGGGACGCCGGAUCACACGUCUCCGAGCCCGGCCUUGCUGCUGGGCUCGAACGCCGGCUUACCGUCCCUGCACGGCCUUGCGCCCCCGCCGGGACCCAGCGCCAUCCCGGUGCCUGGCGGCGCAGACUCGGUGCACCAUCACCACUCGGUGCACCAUGACACUAUACUGAACUCUAUGUCGUCUAACCUUGUGGACCUUGGCUCUUAAAAAAAAGGACGCAGAAAGGGGACAAAAAAAUAUUUUUCCUUUUUUUUUUUUUUUUUUUUUUUUUCCUCUGGGGAAUUUACAUGGUGGUAAGAGAGAAGCUUCAAGCACUUGCGGUAAGAAAGAAUGGGAAUCUGCGAGAACAGCCACUGUAACAAACCUUGUAGUCUGUAUGCAUUAAAAAAAACAAUUAAAAAUACGGUUCCGUGCCACAUUCUCUUAUCUCAAAUCCAAACGUCCUCUCGUCUGAGGGAUUUUCCAAGAAAACAAAAGCACUUAACUUACAGCAACCGAUCCUGGCAGAAAUCAGGUUCUCACACCACUCUGACUUCUGUGCGCUUGAGGGACGAACUGGGAGCUUUGGGACAAAAAGAACAGCAAAGAGAGAUGUAUUUCUGAAUGUAAUUACAUACUAUCUUAUAUUGUUGAAAACAAUAAGAAUAAAGUGUCUUAAUUCUUGUACCGUUGUUAUUGUAGGAGACUCGGGUUCCCCUGCCUAUAUGUUUACAUUGGGGUUUUCCAAGAGAGCCAUAUGCAGCCUUUCUGUUUGUUUUUUGCUUCUCUUUGUUAAUUCGGUUUCUUUUUCAAACAAAGUUGGACUGAUCUUUUCAAGUGUCUAACAAGAGCCGCCAUGACAUGAAGUAUCUUAACCUCCUGACAUUAUGAUAUUAUGAUGAUGAUGAGUAGUAUUUACAUUUUUUUUAUUUGGAAAGAGACUGCAUGUAAGCCCUGCGCUAAAGGAGGAAUAAUGAAGCGACUCAUAUAGUUUCGUAUAAACUUUCCAAUAAAAGAAAAAGCACACCCACGGA